AAUAUAUAUUUUUUUUUGUUUCAUGGUUUCCUUGGUUUGUUUGUUUGCUGAUAAAUAAUAGCGUUGAUGAUGCUUGCGUUUGCUGGUUCUAUUGGUAUGACUCUAGUGAUAUUGGCUUGUGCCUUGCCGGAAGUAAAUUCUUGGUGGCCAUUUGUGGUGGUGGUAUUUUAUUUACUAGCGCCGUUACCGACAAUGAUGAUGAAACGUUAUAACGACUAUUCGGGCUCUGGUAGCGCUAAUAUGGAAUUGGCUGUAUUCAUAACAAUGUGCAUCGUAGUGUCGUCAUUUGCGUUGCCGAUCAUAAUGGCUAGAGAAGUCGCUAUCGCAUGGACAGCGUGUUAUUUUACAUUGUUCGGAAACAUAGUCGUAUAUUUGACGUUCAUAGGAUUUUUCCUCACUCUUUACCAAGAAGAUACCGAUUACAGUCUAUGGUAAAUUUGUGUACUUUAUCGAAAUAUAUAUACUUAUAUAUAUAAAAAAUAGCGGAUGGUUCAAAUACUUUUUUUUUCAUUUUCCAAACUUUUAAUAUUAUUAUAAUGGUAUUAUCAACUGCGAAUGUAUUUUUGCGGGUAUAACAUCAAUGUGCAAACAAAAUAUUGUUUAUUCAUAAAAUUAAAGUUAGAAAACGUGUUUUAUGCCU